GUGAGGCGGUGAUGCGGGCGCUGGCGGCCUCGGCUGCGCCGAGAGCGGAGACACAGGCUCAAGAUGGCAGAUUCCGACUGAGGCUGGGGGGGCCGAGCUCGCGCGCCGCGUUCCCUUCUCCGUUGCCAUGAACCGCGGACACCCCGGCCCCGAUGGCCCCCGUGUACGAAGGUAUGGCCUCACAUGUGCAAGUUUUCUCCCCUCACACCCUUCAAUCAAGUGCCUUCUGUAGUGUGAAGAAACUGAAAGUAGAGCCGAGUUCCAACUGGGACAUGACUGGGUACGGCUCCCACAGCAAAGUGUACAGCCAGAGCAAGAACGUACCACCGUCGCAGCCAGCCACCACAACCGUCAGCACCUCCUUGCCAAUCCCAAACCCAAGCCUACCUUACGAGCAGACCAUCAUCUUCCCAGGAAGCACUGGGCACAUAGUGGUAACAUCAGCCAGCAGCACUUCUGUCACCGGGCAGGUCCUCGGCGGACCACACAACCUAAUGCGUCGAAGCACUGUGAGCCUUCUUGACACUUACCAAAAAUGCGGACUCAAGCGCAAGAGUGAGGAGAUUGAGAACACGAGCAGCGUGCAGAUCAUCGAGGAGCAUCCACCCAUGAUUCAGAAUAAUGCAAGUGGGGCCACUGUAGCCACUGCCACCACGUCAACUGCCACCUCCAAAAACAGCGGCUCCAAUAGUGAAGGUGACUAUCAGCUGGUCCAGCAUGAAGUGCUGUGCUCCAUGACCAACACGUAUGAGGUUCUAGAGUUCCUGGGCCGAGGGACGUUCGGGCAAGUGGUCAAGUGCUGGAAACGGGGCACCAACGAAAUUGUGGCCAUCAAGAUCCUGAAGAACCACCCGUCCUAUGCCCGGCAGGGUCAGAUCGAAGUUAGCAUCCUGGCCCGGCUGAGCACAGAGAGUGCUGACGACUAUAACUUUGUCCGGGCCUACGAGUGCUUCCAGCACAAGAACCACACGUGCUUGGUCUUUGAGAUGUUGGAGCAGAACCUCUAUGACUUUCUGAAGCAGAACAAGUUUAGCCCCUUGCCCCUCAAAUACAUUCGUCCGGUCCUCCAGCAAGUUGCCACAGCCCUGAUGAAACUCAAAAGCCUAGGUCUUAUCCAUGCUGACCUCAAACCGGAGAACAUCAUGCUGGUCGACCCAUCCAGACAGCCAUACAGAGUGAAGGUCAUCGACUUCGGUUCAGCCAGUCACGUGUCCAAGGCUGUGUGCUCCACCUACUUGCAGUCCAGAUACUACAGGGCCCCUGAGAUCAUCCUUGGUUUACCAUUCUGUGAGGCAAUCGAUAUGUGGUCCUUGGGCUGUGUCAUCGCAGAGCUGUUCCUGGGCUGGCCGUUAUAUCCAGGAGCUUCAGAGUACGAUCAGAUUCGGUAUAUUUCACAAACACAGGGUUUGCCAGCUGAAUAUUUAUUAAGCGCAGGGACAAAGACAACUAGAUUUUUCAACCGUGACACAGACUCGCCGUAUCCUUUGUGGAGGCUGAAGACACCAGAUGACCAUGAAGCAGAGACAGGGAUUAAGUCAAAAGAAGCAAGAAAGUACAUUUUCAACUGUUUAGAUGAUAUGGCCCAGGUAAACAUGACGACAGAUUUGGAAGGGAGUGACAUGUUGGUGGAAAAGGCAGACCGGCGGGAGUUCAUUGACCUGUUGAAGAAGAUGCUGACCAUAGAUGCUGAUAAGAGAGUCACUCCGAUCGAAACCCUAAACCACCCCUUUGUCACCAUGACACACUUACUCGAUUUUCCCCAUAGUACACAUGUCAAAUCAUGUUUCCAGAACAUGGAGAUUUGCAAGCGUCGGGUGAAUAUGUAUGACACGGUGAACCAGAGCAAAACCCCUUUCAUCACACAUGUGGCCCCCAGCACAUCCACCAACCUGACCAUGACCUUUAACAACCAGCUGACCACUGUCCACAACCAGGCUCCCACCUCCACCAGUGCUACUAUUUCCUUAGCCAAUCCCGAAGUCUCCAUACUAAACUACCAAUCUGCACUCUACCAGCCCUCAGCGGCAUCCAUGGCUGCAGUGGCCCAGCGGAGCAUGCCCCUGCAGACGGGAACAGCCCAGAUUUGUGCCCGGCCUGACCCGUUCCAGCAAGCUCUCAUCGUGUGUCCACCCGGCUUCCAAGGCUUACAGGCCUCUCCCUCUAAGCACGCUGGCUAUUCAGUGCGAAUGGAAAAUGCAGUCCCCAUUGUCACUCAAGCUCCAGGAGCUCAGCCUCUUCAGAUCCAACCAGGUCUGCUCGCCCAGCAGGCCUGGCCGAGUGGGACCCAGCAGAUCCUGCUUCCCCCAGCAUGGCAGCAGCUGACUGGAGUGGCCACCCACACAUCAGUGCAGCAUGCCACUGUGAUUCCUGAGACCAUGGCAGGCACCCAGCAGUUGGCUGACUGGAGGAACACGCAUGCUCACGGCAGCCAUUACAAUCCCAUCAUGCAGCAGCCUGCGCUAUUGACCGGUCAUGUGACCCUUCCUGCAGCCCAGCCCUUAAAUGUGGGUGUGGCCCAUGUGAUGCGGCAGCAGCCAACCAGCACCACCUCCUCCCGGAAGAGUAAGCAGCACCAGUCAUCUGUGAGAAACGUCUCCACCUGUGAGGUGUCCUCCUCUCAGGCCAUCAGCUCCCCUCAGCGAUCCAAACGCGUCAAGGAGAACACACCUCCCCGCUGUGCCAUGGUGCACAGCAGCCCGGCCGGCGGCACUGCUGUCACCUGUGGAUGGGGCGACGUGGCCUCCAGCACCACCAGGGAGCGGCAGCGGCAGACAAUUGUCAUUCCCGACACCCCCAGCCCUACGGUCAGCGUCAUCACCAUCAGUAGUGACACGGACGAGGAGGAGGAACAGAAACAUGCCCCCACCAGCACUGUCUCCAAGCAAAGAAAAAACGUUAUCAGCUGUGUCACAGUCCAUGACUCUCCCUACUCCGACUCCUCCAGCAACACCAGCCCCUACUCGGUGCAGCAGCGCGCCGGGCACAGCAACGCCCACACCUUGGACACCAAGGGGAGCCUGGAGAGUCACUGCACUGGGAACCCCCGAACGAUCAUCGUGCCCCCCCUGAAAACCCAGGCCAGCGAAGUAUUGGUGGAAUGUGACAGCCUGGUGCCAGUCAACACCAGUCACCACUCGUCCUCCUACAAGUCCAAGUCCUCCAGCAACGUGACCUCCACCAGCGGUCAUUCUUCAGGGAGCUCGUCUGGAGCUAUCGCCUACCGGCAGCAGCGGCCGGGCCCCCACUUCCAGCAGCAGCAGCCACUCAAUCUCAGUCAGGCCCAGCAGCACAUCACCGCGGAGCGCGCCGGGAGCCACCGCCGGCAGCAGGCCUACAUCACUCCCACCAUGGCUCAGGCCCCGUACUCCUUCCCGCACAACAGCCCCAGCCACGGCACUGUCCACCCCCACCUGGCCGCCGCGCACCUCCCCACCCAGCCCCACCUCUACACCUACACAGCGCCCACCGCCCUGGGCUCCACAGGCACCGUGGCCCACCUGGUGGCCUCCCAAGGCUCGGCACGCCACACCGUGCAGCACACUGCCUACCCGGCCAGCAUCGUCCACCAGGUCCCCGUGAGCAUGGGGCCCCGGGUCCUGCCCUCGCCCACCAUCCACCCGAGUCAGUAUCCAGCCCAGUUCGCCCACCAGACCUACAUCAGCGCCUCGCCAGCCUCCACCGUCUACACUGGAUACCCACUGAGCCCCGCCAAGGUCAACCAGUACCCUUACAUAUAAACACUGGAGGGGGAGGGAGGGGGGAGAGCAGGUGGGAGGAGGGGGAGGCGGGGAGGGCGCUCCUGGGACGGAGCCGGCUUUUUAUACUGAAGACGCCACACACAAACAAUGCAAGCGGGCAGGGGCGGGGGGCCGGGGACAGGGAUGACGACGGGACACAAAAAAAACUUGAACCAGGAGGUGGGAGGACUUAGAGCAGAGAAGAGGACAUUUUAAAAAGGAAGGGAUUAAGGAGGGGGGGAAAUCUAUGCUUUUUAUUUUAAAAAAGAAAAAGAAAAAAAAAAAAGAAAACGUCAGUAAGAAAAAAACACAGCUCACGAGCCCAUUCUGCACCCAACUGGAAAGGAGAAGAGGAGAGCCGCAGGAAGCUUCCGGAAGUGGGGGGCCCCAGUUUUUGAAAAACUUUAUGAACUUUUCAAAGAUUAUUUUCAUAUGGCAGCAAGUGACACUGAAGACUUCGCUGUCAGGGACACCUGGUAUGAAAAUCCAAUAGAUUUUUAAUUAAUUGAACAUGAGAAUUAGGGAUUUUUCCAGAACUCUAAAGGGUCAACACCCCUCCAGGAUGUCAGGCCAUGGCCUGAGGAGGCUGAUAUUUGGGGGUUGGUCUGGGGUCGGUGAAGCCCAGUCCUGGCUCAUUUGUCAAGAAUGACCGGGGGCCUCCGGGGGGUGGCCAGGCUGACGGAAACCCCCGGGGGAGGGGCAGAUUGUCUUUUUCUGAGCACUCUGGAUAAAUCCCUAAGCAAUGUUAUUCCUCAAAUGUCAUUAAUAAUGUGUGUUGCAAACUUUAGUUUUUUCCUUUCCUGAAGAUUUAUUUUCUCUUUGAAUCAACCCCUAGUCACGUAGCAUAGGGCUAGCGGUCGUCGCGGACACCCUAGUAGAAUGUAGCACUCUGCACCCUCGUUCCUACCUUGUGUUCAACUCCAAUGAUACCAAUAGACUAUUCCUCAAUGUAAUUGCACAAAAAAAGCGAUAUAACAUAGGCAUGUAACCAAUGUGGUGGCCCAGGUGUGCGGGUGUGUGGGUGCGCCUCCUCCCUCCGCCUCGCCCGCGCGGCCCUCGGCCCGCCACCACGGCUGGCGCGGUCUUGAUUCUACAUCAUUCCCUCCUAGUGCCUUACCGAACGACAGAUGCGGUGUGAGGGUUUACUUCCACUGGUACUCCAAGAAGCUGACUGAGGUUAGUCAGACACAAUCUCAGCUCUUCUGUUGUGCUGUUGUAACAGUUUACUCUGGUCUUUCCUUUUUUUUUUUCCUUUUUUGAUUUAAUUUUACUUCAAUGCCCAUUGUCUUUCUUAGGCUGUUGGCUAGUGGAAGGAUGUCAGGGAAGCUGGCAGGAGCUAGGAGAGUCCGUGGAUCUCAAGAGAGAUGUGGGAGGCAUAUACGGGCAGGUGCAUCUGAUGGCUUUAGUCGAGUUGUACUUUGGGGAGAGAGACCCAGAGAGACUCCCCGGCCUCCACCCUCACCCCACUGUGCCCGCAGCCCUGCCUGUCGGGCCAGCCCUGCCGUUUGUGGGACCUCCAGGCCCACCACAGCCUAUGUGUGGCCGUCUCCCUUCCCAGGCGGCGUCCCCCAGGUCCCCCCAGCGAGAUCCCGGCACGCUUCACUCUCCCCCAGCUCCCUGGGCUGUGUGUUGCUCUCACGAUUUUGCCAGAUCCCGCCCUCUGUAGACAACCACCGCCUCUGUUUGCUCUUGAAUUCCUUUCCUCGCAUUCAUUACCCAGGUCUGCUCAAGACACGAUUUUGGUUUGGGUUUCCGAGGGGUCUGGUGGGCGGAAGGUCGGAGGCACACUACGAGGGCGGCCAGGGCCGUCUCACGCUGCACUUUGGAAAACACUCCUGUGGACAGUUACGUUUCCAAAGAAAUCUGCCCUUUGCCCUCUUUGCACCUUUGAUACAUUCUUGAAGUUUUCUCAGGCUUUGAAAUUGGGGCAAGGAGUUCUCUCUACUCAGUAAAUAUCUCUGAAAUAUGUGAAUGUGGAUGUAGGGGAACCUGGUCGAGGACGAACUUUUAAAAGGGUGGUUCUAAUUGCUUGGUUCUGAGGCUGAGUCCUUACCUGACCCUACAGCCAAGCUUCCAAGGUGCAAAGAGGCCUUUCCUGUUCCGGCAGCCCCUUCCUCAUCCUGCCUCCCCAUACCCCUCACUCUGCAGCCUCGCGGAAGCGUCUACUGUGAAAGGUGUUUUUGUAGUGACAUCCACCCUACUUCAGUAACGAAGCCGUUACUUAGCUCUUAGCUGUGAACUAACUCUGGAAACUUCCCCACUCCAGUUGUAAAUUCUUACUUAUCUUAUAAAGAAAUAGGUCCCCAAACUGGAAACAGCUUAGUCCGGGUCCUGGGCGAGAAGGAAGGACACCAGGACCUACUGGGCACAUUCGGGCGGUGCUGCCAAGCCCCUGCUGGAGGCAGAGUCCCUGCAGGCCGGCAGCAGAGAGGUGCUGUCCUCGGGCGUGAUCAAUCCCGUCUUUAUCCGGAGGUGGGGAGGUGCCGUUGCUCUGAGAUAACAGGAAAAUGGUCGGUUCCGGGAGGGUGAGGGGAGCCGAGCCUUCAGAGGCCACAGGAGCCAGAUCCUUCCCGGAGCCGGGCCGGCCUGGAAAGCGUGUCUGUUAACAGACUCUUGGCAGCCAGGUGGCAGCAAUAUCCCAUCAGAUCUGCUCUUACCAAGUCACACAGCAUCUCGUCUUGGCUGCAAAUGAGCCUCCGUUUGCCUUAUUGGAUAGCACCCUGGACUCCCUGGCACAGUUCCAUUCUAGCCCUUUCUAGAUCUGAUCUCUUAGGGGAAAAGACAACUUAAAAUGUUCUUUUUAUUUUGAAGAAAAUUCUUUUGUCUGCUUACGUUGGAAACUUCUUACUCUUUCACCUGACAUUUUUUUUUCCUUUUCUUCUUCCAGAUCAGGAAUGAAAGUUCCAUGCUGCUCAUAAAGAUAAUAUUAUUGUACUAAUUAUUUUUGUUAUUACCAUUGUAAUUAUGAUCAUCAUCAUGUUGAUACCGUAGUCAGGGUUUUAAAUGCACAGUUAUUCCAAGUAUCUUUGUGUUUUCUCUUUAAUAUUUAAACUUAUUUUAUUAUAUCUGUGAGUAUAUGAGUAGACUGGAGGGACAUACAAAUGUCCAGUUUUGUCAGGCAAAAAAAAGGAAAGACCCAGGAAUUAAGAAAAUUGUUUCUGUCAUCUCUAUCCACCAAGAGCCGUCAGGGAAGAUGCACCACAGGACAAAAAUUGGAAGAAGAAUCAAAGCCUUUUUCUCAUACAGCCCAGAUUGGGCUUUUGACAACAUGGUCACCGUCAAUGUUAUCUCUUUCUGGAUUCCCAGUGGCCUGGGACGAGAUCUGAGGGAGCAGCUCCUGGGCUCAGGGAAUGCUGAGUCACCGACUGUCCAGCCCUUAGCUGGCUUCUCUCCCACGCCCUCUGCACUCUCCCGUGCUUCUGAAAUCCGUCAGCUAGGUCCUGGGCCUGCCUCUGAUGUUGAAGCAAAGAAAUCCCUGCCCGCGCUCACCCAGCCCCUUUUCCAAACACCCACCCUUUCCCAUCAGCGCACCCAGAGCAUGGCUUAGAUCCUUCAGUGCAGGGACAGUUGCCUCCUCUUGGAAGCCACUGAAUGUGAUAGGCUGAUGUAAGAGUGACAGGCAGUAUUACCUCCCCCAGGAAAUUCAGCCUCACCUCCCCUGCUUCCAUUCACUAACCUCACUGCCUGCCUGGUUGGCCUGUCCCCCAUGCAUCCUGCCCGCACACAGUUCUAGCAAGCCAAAAGCAGGCGGAGAGUUGGGGAGGAGGCCAGAGAAACCCUGAACAAAGUCCAGCUGCUGAUCAGAUGUUGCAGGCCGUGUCCCCUCUGAAAGCAUCGGCCAAGGGAUGUGGCACAGUGGGGCCUGCGGCCAUCCUCACUUGGCUCCAGCUGCACCCCUCAGCGUGCUGCGCUGUGUGUGAUGGAUGCCCACACACUACCCCCAGCAAGCCCAGAAACUGCCAGGCCCCACUGUGGAGAAAGGGGUGAAAAGGCUGGCUUCAGGGCAGGGCAGUGAGACAGCAGCAGACGUGAGUGUGCCCCCCCCGCCCUCCCUCUCCUGGCGGCCUCCUCCAGCCCACGCACAGAGCUGGCACCAGAAGCCGCAGAGAAGCUCCCUGCAGGGGAGGCCAGCUCUGUGCGCUCCUUAGCAUGCCUGCCCAAAUCUCCCAUCCGUCCGCCAGCACCGUGGCGAACAGGAUGAAUAAAAGGCCAGUGUCCCUGGGACCAAGCCGUCCACCAGAGAGAUGCCAACCUAGUCCUUAUUUAGGCCACAAAUAACCUAGAGCGUCACUUAAUUGGUUCUAUCCUUCCUUCUUGAACAAACAUCGUUCAGAGUAAGAGGGGACGAUUUAUAAGGACAUGUCACAGAGAAACGUCUAACCGGAGCCUCGUGAACCACAGGGCGGUUUGCUCCGGCCCUCUGGGCUCUGCUGACCUGCUGGGUGCCGGCACCCAUGUCUCUGUGCUUAGUGCCUCUUCAUGAUGUUUCGGAUGUUUCCAAGGGAAGGGGGUGAGCAGGCCAAGGAGUGGGAGAGUCCAAGGCUUGAUGCCAGUUCAUACUGUGAAGUGGAGCGUGUGGUCGGUGUAACCGGAGGAGCGAGAAGGGCUGGAGCAAACCGGAGUUUGCCUCCCGGACGGAGGAGCCUUCCUGGCCUUCCCGGAGGCUGGGGUGUUCGCAGGCUGUGGGGGCCGGCGAGGCCUUGUCCUCUUCAGCCUGGAAGACUCCACCUGCCCAGACAGCAGCGUGCGGGACAGACGCAGGAAGGGAAGGGGGGUAGCACAACUGCUGACAGGAUGCUUUCCCUCGACGAGAUCGUGGGAAUCACAGACACUCGUUUCUGACAAGCGUGCGGUGGAGGGUUUGGGUUGUGUGAGUGCGUACGAGGGAGCGGAGCAAACUUUCUUGGAAACUGGAGGGAGGCGUGAGGAGGCUCGAGGAAGUCUUACUGAUGGUUCACGGUCGAGAGCCCGGCGGCCCCAGCUCGCCCCAGCCCCCGCCCCUGCUCUCCGCCUGGUGCCGAGGGGAGGGUGGGAUGUGAGACGUCGUGUCUGUUGGCCGGUCACGGUCACGUAGCCACUGGGACAGAAAACGGAAAGAAGGAAAUAGCUAGGUGCCCUCAACCAGCAGAGAGAAUCCAACAGAGGGGCGAGGGCUCCUUCCACAGGCCAGCCUGGGGCUGCAGGGUGUGCCAACAGGAAUGACUUUGCCACGACACAUUCUGGCCCCAGGGACUAUGCAGGCUUCCUCCCUGUCUGUCUUUUCCUUCUGAUGUAUUAAUAUAAUACUUCACAGAUUUCCCAUGGGGAAACCUCGAGAUUGAGCAGGCCAGAGACGUCCUUACCAAAUUGAAAAGGAAGGUGAAACUGUUCCUUUCUUUAGCCAAAGAACCCUUCUCAAAGACACCUCCAGAGAUGGACAAAAUGGCAUUCCUCUCAUUCCUUUCCAGGCAAUAAUGACAUCAUUAGUGAUGUGACUCCAUUUGUCUUUCUCUUUCCUCUCUAUCCUUUUUUCUUUAAUUGCAUUUAUUUCAAAACUGCGCUCAUCUUUUAAGAGGAGUGGAGUGGUCACCCUCAGUGCUGCUGCGUUGGGAACCGGAGGCCCCGCAGCAAUACAUGGGCCUAAGUGACCUCACAUUCCCGCGGGAGCCACAGAGCUGCCGCCAGCAGUCGGGCUGCAUCAGGGGCCGAGAGCUCAGGAGAGCAGUACUUUUCCACUUUGAUGCCUUAGAACUCUCACUUCUAAUCUCCACAGACUAGACUCAGUCAAAUCUCAGGCUACUAGAGAAUGGCAGAGGGUGAAAGGGGAUUGGAAUGCAAAGGAAACCUCUUAGAGGCUUUUGGCACUGUCGCUUGCUGUGGUGACCCAAGACAGUAGAGAUUUCUCGCGUCUUUGUUGCAGUUUCCAGAAGUUCAAGAGCGAGCUAGCUCCCAGCCAGUUCUGCCGCUCAGACUUGGUGAGAGUUUGCAGAGAAGGGCCCCUGCAGGGCGCAUGUCACAGGACACCAGCAGCAGAGGGGUCUUCCACACGCCUCUGAGAGCCCCUCGUCUCAGGCCCCUGCACUGGCACGUUAUGUCGACUCUCUCUUAUUCGUUAGAACUUGCGGAACCCCUCGAGUAGCGGCCAGCCCCAGCGGAAUGCUCGCAGAGCUCCAGGCCCCGGCCAGGCCCCUCGUGAGUCACCCCACAGGGAAGGCGUAACACCCCCUAUUUACAGCUGAGGAAGCCGAUGGAUGCUCUAACAAAGCAGCAUGUGUUAAAGGAAAGAAAAUACAAUGGUGGUCUAGAAUCCCCAAGUUUCAAUGUUUUGUUAAUCAGGCCUUUACUGAGAUGUGAUUUUGUUUCACUUUUUAAAUUAACAGCAACGAGGGCCUCACGUUUCUGAUGAACCAUUCAGUGGUACUUCCAUUUACUGUGUGCCAAACACUGUGCUAAGAAUUGCCCACUGGUUGUCUUGUUUAGUCUCACAAUAGCCCUGUGAGAUCAGCAAUAUUAGUCCCUCUACACAUGAAGUAUGUGUGGCUUGCAGAGCCUGUAACCUGCCUGGAGUCACACAGCUAGCAAGGGGAGGUGGGGCCAGGGCUCGAACCUGGCUCUGCACAGCUCCACAGCCAAGCUUGCGGCCGUUCGCCUCAGCUGUCCCCAUGUGUAUGUGCAAAGAAAGGCCUUUAAGCAAUGUCGCCCUGCGGCAUCCCUGCACCGUGGAACUCCACAGAAGAGCUGUGCGGAGAGGGAGCGAUGGGGCUGGAGACAGGCAGAAGGGGCAGAAUUAGUUUGACGUUUAGAGAAAAUCUCUGGGGAGUUUCUUUUGAUUCAUAGUAGAAUUCCUUUUAGAUUUCUUUCCAGCGUACAAACUAGCUUUAGUAGUGCUGCUACAACAGACUCUUAUAACUAAGAGUGAAGAAAAAGUGUUCUUUUCUUCUUUUAAAAAAAAUAAUUUUUUCUUGCUUAUAGUUAAUUCUAGAAAGGCAAUACUAAAGGUAUAUUUUUUUUCAAAAUGCUAUUUUUUACUGCACUUGAUAAUUAUCAUUACAGCUCUGAUCUCUGUAAUAGAUCCACUCUUCAGCUCUGGGCAGAACCAGAUGCCGGGUUCUCACCAAAUUUGUACAUACCAUGUGUGGGUCUGGUGUCCAGGAACUUUUUUCUUUAAAAACAAGAAGAAGACAAGAUGACUUAGAAAGAGGAACAAAAUAAAGUUUUCUUUUGAGGUAGAUGCCCUUCUCAAAGAAAUGGAAAGCAAAAAUUUGGAUAAACUGAGAAAAACUAGCCAACUUUAUGAUACAAGGAAGGAAUGUCUCUUGCCCUGGCAUGAGAUUAAUAGGAAUAUAGAUGCAUUUGUAUUUUGGUUGAAGGGUGGCAAGAAUUUAGAAAUGCUUUAGGAGUAGAUUUUUAAUUUUUUAAAAAAGCUAUUAUCAUUUGUCAUGAAGUAUCUGCUCAAUUGUUUUGGGAGGGUUUCUUGUUUCUUUUUUUCUUUUAAAAACUUCUUUGUUGACUGGCUCCAGGCUCAUUCGCCUAAAUUCUUAGGUAGUUUACACAAGUUCUAGAAUCUUUUAGAACUUUAACUCCAUUGGAAGCAAACCCAGCUAAUCGGAAUUCGAGAUCCUGGUUGGUUUCAAUAGGUGUUCUAGAAUUCUGGCAGAACACUUUAAAGAUUUUUUUAGAAGGUUUUAGAUACAUUAUCUUACACAAACUGUGACCUAAUGGCAAUAAUUACCUCAAAUGUGGGCAUUCAUCCUGGUUUUAGCCUUUUUUGAAAUCAUGUAGCCAGCUUGAUCUUGGGAUUUAAAGACUAUGAAUUCUCUGUGGGCUGAAAAUGAUGAUUAAUGCACACCCUGGUCAUUGUUGCUUAAGUGAACUCUGAAAAUAGUUAAUCUUUACAACAAAAAUUGAACCAAGGAAGAGAUUAUUAUUUGUGUGUUGUACUCAAAUGUGAUGUUCAAAUGAACAUGUUAAGUAUAUAUGUCUCUAGCUACUGUAAAAUGCUGUUAGCCUUCUAAGAUAUCAGGAGAGUCGCAUUUUAAAUGAGUAAACUAAAUAAUUAACUGUGGAUGCUUAAUCCACAGUUUUACAGUUCAAGUGUUUUAUAGUUUACAUUUAAACUGGUACUUUUUAACGAAAAUUUCUGUUUAUAACUGACAUCUUCAAACCCCAGCAAUUGCCUCUUCAGUUGGAGGCCGCGUCUCCCCAAGGCAGGUGUGUUCUUCCCAGACUGUUCUGAAGCCCAACACGUGCAUUUCGCUCCAUGUCGUUGGUGUCCAUGUGAACUCGAGAGAAUGUGAAGGAAGUCCAGCCUGAGUGGGAAGGGGUGAGCCCCAGCCUGGGCCGGACGUGAAGCUCUAAUGCCGUGUCGUCCCGACACUCGUCCUCGAGGCCUUCUCUUUGAUAUCUUGGAAGAGGCAGCGAGACUGAUUUGAUUUGAAUAUUUAACUUAUUAAUAGAUCCACUGACCUCUAGUCACCAUGCAGUAGAAAACACUGGGACUCAGGUGGCCACAAAGGUACAGUUUGGCCCCUGGCGAUAUUUCGAUCCGAGUUUUGCAGGGGAGGACCAUACACCCCUGUGUCCACAGUCAUUAGCUGGGUUUUCGUAUAUCUGCUGUCACUUAUUCAUUUUCUCCUUUAAAACAAAAUCAUUGUAAAAGGCUAUGUUUACUUUUUACUCAUUGUCAAACUUAGAAUCAAAGCCUCGCUCAGUGGGAGGGGGACCUUAGCUUCCUUUCAGAGAGUGUAAGUGCUGCUGAGCGGAAGGGGCUGGGGAACCGAGGGCAGCUCAACAGGGUCCCCGGAGACCCGCUCUGAACAGCAUCAGGUUUGCAGUGACGAGAUGCGUCAGAGGCGGGAAUGGGCCCCCAUCACGAAGGAACGGCCUGGUGAGAUGCCAGUUUCCCUAAGAGUUUUGAUUCAUUUUUUGUUUUUUCUUGUGCCACAACCAAACUGCAGAGGACCUGCUGUGACCUAAAGGGCAUUCCUUUAGCAAACUGCAAAACACCUGGGACCAGGGAGCUUUUAAAUAACAAUAAUAACACAUUUGUUUUUCCCUUGUGAACUGCACUGACCGUGUGUUCUUAGACAGCUUUUUGGUAGAAGUGUUAUUGUGAAAUAUUUUUCAUCUCACCCCACCAUCAUACUCCCACUUUCCUAUUCAUAGUUUUUUUCCUUUACAUGAAUUAACCAAAUGAAUUGUGUGUCACUGUCUUUGGGGCUUACCCAUGUUUUUUAAAACUAGAAGUAUAGAAAUUGACUUUUUUGUUUUACUUGGAAAGUAAGUAUAUUGUAUCUGAAAAAUGGCCCUGCCUUUGCUCUCGCCAGUUUCCCUUCAACCAGUCUCCAAACAGUUCUCUCCUGGCGCCGCCCCCUUCCCUAUGUUAGGUCACUGUCCCCGCGGCCCCUCUGCUUCUGCCCUGCUGUCGCCACAGCUCUAUCCCAGGCACCCAGGACUCCCAGGAAGCUCAAGAACCAGCAAGGGGGGCCGGGCCCACUUAGCCUUGAGAGCGGUGGCCUUGCCUCCCUGCCAGACGGUGGCCUGCUGGGUUGAAGGGGCCGUGGAGCGAUUGCUGUUGUCUAAAUGGUUUGGCUCAGGUUAUAAGGAAGAACUUGGGAAGUGGAAAGUGACUUGACUGUGCCCACCCUUGGUAGCUUUCUGUGACUUCUGAAUAGAAUAUGAAGCACCCCCUGCCCUGCCCCCAAAGCAGAUAUUCCUGUUGGGGCUGUCUCCAAGUCAGGCGGUGUCCCCACCCUGUCACUCUCCCCACGUCUGGGUUACUGCUCAUUUAAACCUUUUCUCUGUGGACUUCCCAGGGCACAAUCAUCUCUGGCCCCCAAAGCAUCUCUUCAUCCUCUCUGUGUGCAUUUUUUUAACCAAAUGAAGUAGACAAAAAAAGUCGUACUUUGGGGCAGCAGAAUUUCUAGUUUAGUAGAAUCACUGUAUAGAUAUAGAUGUUGAUAUAUAUGUUUGUGUAUAUAUAUCAAACCAAAUUUCUGAUAGGAGAAGUAUAGCUUUAUGGAGGAGGAGGAAGAGGAGCUCUUUCGAGGUUGGAAUCAGCAUAGUGUGUCAGACAAGCAGGGGCCGCGUCAUCCACCUCCCUGCAGCGGAGCCAGCGGGGCCCUCGGGGCGCCACACUGUGCUCCCUGGGUCCCAGCGUCAAGGGCAUAGGGUGGGUGAGGGGGGCAACCAAUCAGAACGACUGGAAUUUUCCAUCCCAUUUUGCUUUGACCACAUGUAUUGAGCUGCAGCCUCUGAGAUUCUAUCACGUUUCCAAAAAUGGUAUCCAUUAGGAUGGAAAGAGAACGGAUCUGUAGAAAUGUUUACCUUUCAACUGCCCAUGAAUUCAGGACACUCUGGAUAGAAGGACUCACUCCCCACGAUAAGAACAGGGAAGAAGAGACCUGGCCAUUCUCAGCGCCAGUUCAAGGAACGUGGCUCCCUCCCCAGGGUCAUCUUACCUAGAUCUUUCUCUCCCAGGUCAUCUCAGCUCAAUCUGAACAACCCUAUGGUAGCCCUGGUCCGUUGUGUUCCUUCACUGUAUGGUUUCUGUAAUAAAAAGUGUUAAUCCAUGUUAAUCUGUGUGGAAAUUAUUGCGUGCAACAGUAUUUUCUCGUGUACCUCUUUUUCCUAUGUGAAUUGUCCCUUUUUUCUUUUUUAUUUAUAAACGUCUACUUUUUUUAAAGACAAACCAACGUGUUGUAGACCUAUAUGUAACCUAUUCCUUAGUCUCAUAUUAUAGGUAUGUUAUAAGAAUGGAUAUUUUACUUGGCUUUAGAAUGUUUUACAAGAAAACUAAUUCUUAACUGAUCAAGUCCUUGCUACUAAAAUGCUUGUGUUUUUCAUCAUGACGUCGUGUGCUUCUAAAUUAAUCAUUUUCGUUGUAGAAAAAUGGAGUGAAUUUAUAUUAGUCUUGGAAACUAAUAAUAGCAUUGUAAAUUUAUGAGAUGAUUUUAACAGAAAAAAAUUAUAGAAGAAUAUAGUUAUUUUAAUUGUAAUAUUACUAACUGUAGGGUGAGAAAGGGGGUCCCAUUGUGGUGAACUAUGUUAUAGCUUGUUACUCACAGUUUCUUUUUGAUCAUUUUUUCGGUCUCUGAGGUGAAACGACUUAUUAAUUAAAAUUUGUAAACUCACAUAUGCAUAUUGUAUAUGUGUAGAAAUGUAAUCACACUUUGUCUUGGAAUUACAUUAAACUGUUUGGAAUCACUGUA